AUGGGCCGCUCUCAGGAGCUCACUGAAUUCAAACAUGGUCCCAUGAUAGGUUGCCACCUGUACAAUAAGUCCAUCCAUGAAAUGUCCUUGCUACUAAAUAUUCCACGGUCAACUGUUAGCGGUAUUAUAACAAAGUCCAUGUAAAAUGACAGAGUGGGGUCAGCGCAUGCUGAAGCGCACAGUGAACAUAAAUUGCCAAUUGUUUGCAGAGUCAAUAGCUAAAGACCUCCAAACUUCAUGUGGCCUUCAGAUUAGCACAACAACAGUUUUGGACAAUUUCAUGCUCCCAGCUUUGUAGGAACAGUUUGGGGAUGGCCCCUUC